CGCCACUUCGCUUUAAUCACGUCCAAUUUAUCCGACACUUCCAGAGAAGUGCAAAUGGGCAGACAAUAGACGCUCAGUGGAUGAAGGCGACCUGACAGUGCAGACGAGCGCAAGUCGCUUAAAGAAAGCCACAUUAACUUACUGCUUGCGAUUUUUCAAUUGGAUUUCAACAAUUCUGCAACUUAUCUCACCUUUGAGAUAUAGUAGUUUUUGCAAGCAGUUUUAUCCACAGCCGAUAUGGACACCAUAUUGGACAACUUCGCUUCGGACAAACUUUUUCCCAAUUCCAACCUGUUGGAUCUCGAGGAUCUGAAUGAGAGCGAUUUCUUAUCCAAUGUGCACUUCUCAGAGCAGAUGGAGGACUUCUCCAAUGACCUUUUCAACAGUUUUUUCGAUGAUCAUCUGUUGGCGGAGAGGAACCCGUUGCUGGAUAUGGAUCUGGACCCUCCAAACCCUGACAUCCAGGCAGAACACAGUUACUCUCUCAGCGAGGACUCUGCCCCACAAUCCCCCUCCAUACCCAUCAAAUCAGACGACGAUGCAGAUUCAGAAGCAAUGUGGUCAUUUAGUCAGGAUCUCACAGCCAUUCUAGUGAAGCAGGAGCCCAGCCUGAUGUCAGAGAACUGCCCGGAAACAGCGCCGCCUCUGGCCAACAGCAGCACCUGCUCACCGCCUCUCACUCUCGCUCCUCCGCCACAGAGGAACCACAGUGGAGAAAAGGGCUCCAAAGGCCUGAGCUCAAACUCUGUUCCUGCAAUCAAAGCUGAGCCCCGCGAGGCGAACCAGUUCCUCAACGUGCCCUCAGAAGAGCAUUUGCGGUUGCCGCCAACUCCUCCCAGCAGCCAUGGCAGCGACAGUGAUGGAUCCCAGAGCCCACAUUCACUGCCACCAUUAAGCCCUGGCCACCUGCAGAGCCCUCUCCUCACCGCCCCGCACAAGCUGCAGGGAACAUCAGGCCCUUUGAUGCUGACAGAGGAAGAAAAGAGGACUUUGAUCGCUGAGGGAUAUCCUGUCCCCAACAAACUACCGCUCACCAAAACCGAAGAGAAAGCACUCAAACGGGUGCGCAGGAAAAUCAAAAAUAAGAUCUCUGCACAGGAAAGCCGCAGGAAGAAGAAGGAAUAUGUGGAGUGUUUGGAGAAGAAAGUGGAGAACUACACUUCAGAGAACAAUGAACUCUGGAAGAAAGUUGAGACGCUUGAAAAUGCCAACAGGUCUCUACUUCAGCAGCUACAAAGACUGCAGGCUCUAGUGAGCGGGAAAGUGCCUCGAUCCUGCAAGAUCGCCUCAACACAGACCGGAACCUGCCUCAUGGUGGUGGCGCUGUGUUUUGUGUUGGUGCUGGGCUCGUUGGCCCCCUGCCUGCCCGAGCUCUCCCUCUACUCUUCCUCCUUAUCCUCAUCAUCCUCACACACGGUGAAGUCUGCACCGCUGCCCUCAGGUGACCUCUACACCACCAGCCAGGUCCGCUCCCGCAGCCUGCUCUUCUAUGACGAGGGCGUCCCAGUGGAGGACGGCCACAGGGGCCUGCUGAGUGUGGAGAGGACGGAGGGCGUGCCGCGGCAUGUACAGGACGUGAAAGACAGCAGCCACAAGCAGGAUCAUUCGGCUCUUGUGAGCAGGUACUUGAGCGAGGCUCAGCCGGAGUCUGCAAGCUACAGCAACACAUCCGCGGCCCCCCUCCGUCCCCCCGAACCACACUACCACUCGAGGUGAGACGCAUACGGAUGAUGCAUUUUAUUCUAUUUUAUAAAUGUUCAUUAUUAUACACAUUCCAUUAUGGAUAUAUACUGCAGAGGGGGGCAGCACGGUGGCUCAAGUGGUUAGCAGUGUCGCCUUACAGCAAGAAGGCCGCUGGUGUGAGUCCCAGGCGGGUCAGUUGACAUUCCUGUGUGGUGUUUGCAUGUUUUCCCCAUGCUUGCAUGGGUUUCCUCUAGGUGCUCCGGUUUCCCUACAGUCCAAACACAUGCACUAUAGAUGAACUGAAUAAACUAAAUUGGCUGUUUUGUAUGAGUGUGUGUGUGUGUGUGUGUGCAUGUGAGAGUUUCCUAGUACUGGGUUGCAGCUGGAAGGGCAUCCACUAUGUGAAACAUAUGCUGGAUAAUUUGGCGGUUCAGUCCACUGUGGCGUGACCCCUGAUUAAUAAAUGGACUAAGCUGAAGGAAAAUAAAUGAAUAUUGUAGAGGGAACUGAUAGUCGAUAUAAAACAUUUUAUGUUUCUAAAUAUAUUUGAAAAUGUUUUUAUUCAAAACUUAUUUUAUGGUAAAUGUUUUUAAAAAUAUAUAAUAUUUGUCACUUACUUAACUGAAAAAUCUUAUUUGUUGUUUAUUAGUAUUGUUGUCAUGUUUUUAUAAUGUUUGAUUAUCUAGAAACUGUUAUGUUUGUUAAUUAUUUAUAGAAUAUUUUUAUUAUUGUUUCCAUGAAUAUAGCCUAUGCUGCUGAUAUUGUAUUAAAACUUAAACAAUAAAUGAUUGUUGAUAUAGUUGGGUUCAGAGGUUGGUAUGGUUAAUGUUCACUUUAUGUUAAUCAAUCAAUAUUUAUCUGCACGAAAUACAAUUUUUCCUAUUAUUGCUUCCAUUCAGAAGAUAACGGCUUGAUUUGUAUAGACUUUAUAUAUUUUUUUUGACUUUUAGACUUUAUAUAACUUUUUCAGAGUUUUCUUGACAGAAUAGACUUUGAGUGCAGGAACAGAAAUCUCUCAGAUUUGAUUAAGUAUUAAGAUAAAAUAUCUUCAGUUGUGCCUAAAAACCAAAAGAACCAAAGUUUUGAAUUGAGAGUUUUCAGGGGGCAGGAUUUCGAGUAAAUGACAGAAUUUUAAUUUAGUAACUGAUAGAAUAUUAGUAACUAAUAAAAUAUUAGUAACUGAUAGUACAAUUCAGUCACUAUAGAUAAGCUUGUUGUUGUUAUGGCUGACAACUGAUAAAUGAUUAAUGUUAUGCUGUAUUGUCUGCAUUAAAAAACGCAGAAACUCGAUUUUCAUUUUCAGCUUUGUUAAAGAUUAUAUUGAUCAAUGUUGUUAAAUUAUUAGUGUUUUUAAAUAUGACCUUCAAAGAGGGACUUUGCUACUAAUGCUUGCUUAUACCUAUUCUUGCUUUUUAUAAUGUUUCAAUUAAUUGUGACAGUAAAUCAUUUUACAAUGUUAAGAAUAAAUAUAAUUCAAAUAAAUGUGUUGAUUGAGCUUUCUAUUCAUCAAAGACUUUUAAUCACAGUUUUUACAAUAAUUUUAACAUAGUUUCGAUCAUUAUUAAUCAUCUAAAAUCCUUCCUUAGUAGCAAAUCAGCUGAUUAAAAUAAACAAUAUCUGAACUUCUGUGUAACACUCGAGAAGUAAUUCAUUCGAUUUUAACAUUUCAAAAAAAAAAAAAAAAGUUUAUAUUAAAUCAUUCAUUUUAUUUCCUUCAGCUCAGUCCCUUUAUUCAUCAGGGGUCACCACAGUGGAAUGAACCGUCAACUUAUCCAGCAUAUGUUUUACACAGCAGAUGCCCUUCCAGCUGCAACCCGGCACUGAAAAACAUCCAUACACUCUCAUUCACACACAUACACUUCAGCCAAUUUAGUUUAUUCAAUUCAUCUAUAGCGCAUGUCUUUGGACUGUGGGGGAAAAAAUAGGCAUGUUCGCCAAAAUAGGGAGAACAUGCAAACUCCACACAGAAAUACCAACUGACCCUUGCCGGGACUCGAACCAGCGACCCGCUUACUGUAAGGCAACAGUGCUAACCACUGAGCCGCCCGUGACAUUAAAAUAUCAUCAUAUUUCACUAUAUUACUGUUUUUACAGUAUUUUUGAACACAUACUUUACAUUUCAACCUUUUAAAAAUAUUUUACCACGCCUAUACUUUUGAGUGCUAUCAGAACCGAUUUAACUAUACAACUGAUUUAUUUCUGCAACUAACUAGUCGUCUUUUUCUUCAUCAGAAAGCGGGAUCCUGAGGGAGGAGCUGAAUAUUUCUAAGUCCUCUAGGUGGAGCAGCCUCCAUCACACAGGCCUUCACUGACAUCUGAUGAUCCUCGACCCGCAUCGCUACCGUACAGAUCCUGACCUGAACCAACAAGCCUCAUGAGCACCUGCAUUUAGCUUAAGAACUGACUGUGUCCAUCCAUACACUGAAACUCCCUUCACCAGCCAGCACUGAGUUUGAGGGCCACGAGAAGAAGAAAAAGAGAGGAUGUGGGCGUUUGAUAACGCUGCUCUGCUUUAGAUAGACUUGACCUGCAGCUCCAAAAAUUCACUUAACGCUUCACUCACAGAGUGUGGGAGGAAAAGUUCACGAGUCUUUGUUUUGAUAUUCCUAAACUGCCAUGAGACUGUCCAUUUACUACAUAUCCUUCUUUAAAAGACCCCAAAGAGCUUUUAUUAUUAUUAUUAAUAUGAUUUUUUUUUAGUCUCUGAAUGUUUUCCAGCAGGUGUAAUCACAGGUGCCUGAUGUACUUUGCAGCUUGGCAAAGCUUGCUUUGACAGGAGUUUCUUCCUCUGCCAUUUUGGCUUGUUUUGGUCCCUAAUAGGUUUAAGCUGGAUUGCACUUGUUUUGCACUAGGAAAACUAAUUGAUUUAAAGUGCCUUUUUCACCUAGUCAUAUUUAAGAUGCUCAUAACCACGUAUUUCCUUCUUAAUCCUCAGCUUUCGUUUAUUGAUGUGUUUUAUUCGAUUUUUGGUUUUCUACUUUUUAAAAAGGCAGAGACUUUUGUACUGAAUUAAUAAUUUUAUCCAUAAUAUAUUCUAGUAUUUGCAGCAUCCAAAAAAGAGCAUAUUUAUUUUAUGCACAAAAAAAUAUGAAAGUUAUUGUGUGUUUUUUUAUAGAAAGAUGAUGUAAGGUUUACAUGAUCUUGUUGUCAUAACUGUUAAACAGUUUGUUUUCUGUUAUCUUUAUUUCUGUGUAAAGAAAGUUUUGUAUAUAUGGAGAAAAAUGAACAGGGGCGAUCAAAUCCUGUGUGUGUGUUUCACCAUGUCCAGCAGACUUCUGCACAUCCACAUGAAAACGUUGGUUAUAAUCUGAAAACACACAGUUGUUACCUUUAAGAAAAGUGAUAUUAUUUAAAGCACGUUCUUCUGAUAAUAGGAUUUUAAUGACUGUCUCAUUGAGUGAACUGUUUGACCACUGUAAAAUUCAUCAGAUAGCCUAUCUGGAAGUUGAUCGUGCAGUUUUGUAAAAAGUUUUCUAAAGGGAGACAUUUUUUUAAUGCUAGAUAUCAGUGUUUAGAAACAAAUUGUUAAUCAUAAACUCUUUGUUUAAUUUUUUCUUGGGUAUUUUUUUUCAUGACGUCCUCUCUACCAUCAGCCACAAUAUUUUUUUCAUUGUACAGAUAACCACUGAUAGACAUCAUUUUAUGUGCCUGAUUAAUUUAUAAUAAUAUAAUUGGUCACUGUCGUUUUUUCUAACUCACUCCGUGGUAUUUGUGCCAUAAACAUGUAGGUACCAUCAUAUUUUCAGAGUGAAACUGAAUUCAGUGUAGUUUCUCUAGUCUACCUUCAUUUAAUGACUGAUUACAGCUUCUGUUGCAGUCAUCUCAACCAUUAAUACGUUUCUCUAGUGUACAAUGUUGAACUGGAAGUGUAAAUCUGAAUGUUUAAAUGUAAACUUCAUUGCACAUAACUGUUCAUUCAAACAUGGAGCUGAAUUUAAUUGUCCAGAUGACGACAGAGUUUAUGCUUUAAAUGUAAUUGUUGCUGGUAUCACAUGUAUCCCUUUUUUGUACAUAUUUCUGAUGAUAACGGUUGGUUGUAAAUAUGGAGGACGUAUUUUUAUAUUUCCAAUGCCUUUUGGUAAUCACUGCGCGGCUUGGGUGGAUUUGUAUCCGUGUAUGGAUCUGGCUCUGUAUGUAUCUAUGCUCUGAACCGCUUGCCUUUCCUGUCUAAUCUAAAGUAGAGUUAGAAUGAAGCAAAAUACAAAAUUUGCAGUUGCAA